UGUGGGCGGGCUAUCUGAGGGCAAUAACAGGAAGCACUGGCAGUUUUUUUGGGGGGGAAACUUUUAUGAAUGCAAAGCUACAAAAACACUUUUUAAGUGUCUGUUAGUGCAGAGAGUGGAUUCAUUUAUCAGUCCGGUUUUUAUUUAUUUAUCGCGUUUAGUCUUUGAGCUGCUUGAAACAGAUUCAAGAGUCACCUGCUCGGUUUGUUUACAUGGGAAACAGCUGACGAGCUAACGUUAGCGACCGAGCAACCGAGUCAUAUGAGCUGAGUAAUUCUCCAGCACAUUUGUCCUCAUGAAUGAAACGUAAACACUUGAGGGAAAGACUGAGUGUGGAGGUUUAGUGUGAACAAUGCGGAGCUCACGGUAAACGUGUCGAGCCUUAGCAGCGUUUCAUAGAGAGACAGAGACAGAGAGGAAGUUGUUUUUGUCUCUUUUUCAUAAGGGCCUUCACAGCGUCUUCAUGUCAAGAUGCCUUGUUCCUGUGGGAACUGGAGAAGAUGGAUCCGGCCCCUGGUUGUCGUGCUGUACAUUUUGCUGCUGAUAGUCGUCCUGCCCUUUUGCAUCUGGGAGCUGCAGAAGUCAGGGGUUGGCACUCAUAAUAAAGCAUGGUUCAUCGCUGGGAUAUUUGUCUUCAUGACCAUACCCAUAUCAUUAUGGGGCAUCCUACAGCAUCUGGUUCACUACACCCAGCCAGAGCUUCAGAAACCUAUCAUCAGGAUAUUAUGGAUGGUCCCAAUCUACAGCCUGGACAGUUGGAUCGCUUUAAAAUACCCCAGCAUAGCCAUUUAUGUGGACACAUGCAGAGAGUGCUACGAAGCGUAUGUCAUCUACAACUUCAUGACCUUCCUGCUUAACUACCUGGAAAAUCAGUACCCCAGCCUGGUGAUGAUGCUGGAGGCCCAGGACCAGCAGAAACACCUGCCCCCUCUUUGCUGUUGCCCGCCCUGGCCAAUGGGAGAGGUUUUACUCUUGAGAUGCAAACUGGGAGUGUUGCAGUACACGGUUGUAAGACCCGUCACAACAGUGAUUGCCUUGAUCUGUCAGCUGUGUAACGUGUAUGACGAAGGCAAUUUCAGUUCGACGAAUGCGUGGACGUACCUGGUCAUCUUCAACAACAUGUCACAGCUGUUUGCCAUGUACUGCCUGGUGCUGUUCUACAGAGCUCUCAGAGAGGAGCUAAGUCCAAUCAAACCAGUGGGCAAAUUCCUAUGUGUCAAAAUGGUGGUGUUCGUCUCUUUCUGGCAAGCUGUGUUCAUUGCUUUGCUGGUGAAAGUGGGCAUAAUCUCAGAAAAACGCACAUGGGACUGGCAAAGUGUGGAGGCUGUAGCUACUGGCUUACAGGAUUUCAUCAUCUGUGUGGAGAUGUUUCUGGCGGCCAUUGCCCAUCACUUCAGCUUCACCUACAAGCCUUACAUCCAGGAGGCCGAGGAGGGUUCUUGCUUUGACUCUUUCAUGGCAAUGUGGGACAUCUCCGAUGUCAGAGCAGACAUCUCUGAACAAGUCCGCAAUGUUGGGAGAACAGUUAUGGGUCGUCCGAGGAAGUCCUACUUCGGCGAGGCGGAGAAUGAUGGUGAGCGAUCUGGCCUGCUCACUUCGGGCUCUCAAGAUGCCAUCGCAGAAGCGGCAUCCAACCCUGUGUCACCCGGUCAAUACCAGGGCUUGGGCAGAACCCUCGCGUCGCACUCUUUGUCAGCACCUGCUGGUUUCAGCUCGGCCCCAUGGGAUGAAGGAUAUGAAGCUAGACCUGAAGAAGCCCAGGGAGAAGAAAGAACCAACCAAACCAAAGAACCAACAGAAGCAGAUCUCAUUGUGAUCACCUAGCCUAUCUUGGAGGCUUAUGUCGCCAAAAGACUACACCAAGACAUGGUUGGGCAAGACCUAAUUACAGCCUCGCCAUGUUCAUUUAGACAUUUACUCGACAGAUGCAACAUUAAAUCAAACUGUUGUUUUAAAAGGGCACAUCAACCAGGUACUAGUAGAAGUUUGCCAACAAAUGCAAAACCAGAUGGACCUCUCUGCCGAUGACAGCUCCAAGAAUGUUCUCAGCGAAGUUGUGGCACUAAAUGAUUCGUAGGAGACGCUGCGUUUUUGUUGUACUAGUGAGGUAUAUGGCUGAGUGGGCUCUGCCAAAAUUUAUUGUAGGUCAUUGUUAUUGGGAAAGGUAAUUUUUAUCGUGUGUCCCAAAGAGCGCCCCGGUCUCUGUGAUAUCGCGUCUCUUGAGAUGAGACGUUACUUAAGCCUCCUGAGAUCAGAGCGAAUCAUGCAUGUGUAUCAUUUCCAAAUAGGAAAUACAUUACACAUUGGCCAUCUCAGUCAUAUCUUGAUCUCAGAUGUGACAGAAGUAUGCAAAUUUUAAAAUACACAUUUUCCUCACUGUUCGGUUUGUGGUGAUUUUGGAGGGCAUCGACUGAAAUGGGUAGUGGUGAAUGAAAAAGCACAUUAGAUCAUCUAUUUUUUAUGAUCACCUGUAGAUGUUUCUCCACAGGAGGGGAUGGAAAAAGAGCAGAAGCAGCAAACUUUUGGGAUUCACAGUUACAAGCUAUGCUUACUUAUGUCCAAACUGACUGAGUAUUAAUACGGUGUAUGUCUUAAGAGUUUGAGUAUAUACUACAAGUUCAGUCCAAGUAUUAAAACAAUGCACAUUAUAAAGUCUGAAACACAACAAACUUUACUGUAUACAACUCACUCUAUAGUGUUUAAUAGAAAUGUAUUCACCAGUCUUCUCAGACGCCUCGUUCUACGUGCCGUGGAACAAGAUCAUGCGCUACAUCAAUUUGGAUUUACAUUCCAGGAUCCGUUUUUCUUUUAUCAUAAGCUAUUAAUAAGCAGCUACUGCACCAUAGCCAUUUAUGUCCCUCCAUAGAUUUUUCUUGGGUACUUUUGUCUUUGUGCAGGGAUACUGACAUGUUUAAUGUACAGCGUAGGGUAUCAAAUCAACAACAUAAUCUGCAUCAUAUCUAGCUCGAGAAUGUUGCAUUGCCUUACAGGAUUUUAUUUUUUAUAAAUAAAACAGGAUUACAUCAGAGCUGAUGUAAAUGUUCCACAUUUUAAUUUAACUCCAUCUCUGACAGUCCUCAAUAAAUUUAGAUUAACUACAUUUUCAUUGAUUUUUUCUUACUUUCAUGAAUGAAAUGUCAUUUAUUGUUGAAAUGUUUUUUUUUUUAUUGAUAACGACAAACAUCUUUACAAAAACAACUGUGUCCAUAAUCAUGGGACAACUAUAAUUUAUAUCAUGUACUUCCAAAUAUCAUAUCUGUAAGUACAAAUUAUAAAUGUUCUAUGAUCUUACAGCACAAUCCGGAAAUAAAAACAUAACUUUUGAAGUUCCUUGUUACAAAUUCUUAAUGAUGAAGAUCAUCCAGCCUCCCACUGUUACUUACAAGAAUGUGGCUCAUGCAGGCUUCUACCAAAUCUCAAAAUAGAGAUCCAAAGUGUCUGGGGAAACUUUAAAGACCGGUAUUACAUUCAUAAAAA